CCACAGAGUGUUCAUGAGCUUCUAAUUUGAAGUCUGAUUUUUCUAUCUCAAUCGACACAAAUCAUACCCAAAUCUCUAUAAUUAUGUUGGCAAUUACAUGUCUUAGAUUGCUGUUUCUUCAAGUUUAAGACAAAGCUCACCUAAUUACUUCACCUUUUUUCUGUGUAAACAGCAUUCUUGCAGUGAAGGGCUCCUUUCAAUCGACUCAACCCUGUUGUUUUCUUCAAUAAUUGCACCUCAAUAUCCAAUCUUGCACACAUUUCUGUUGAGAAAAAAUCGAGGGUAUGUCUCAGAUAAUUGGUAAUUGAACCCUAAACCCUUUUGCUAUCUCUCUCUUCCUCUGCAAUUUUGUAGCAUUUUCUUGUUCUUUGCUGGCCCUUUGAGUUCAAGAUCCGAGCUUUUCUAGUGAAUCCUGUUUCUGUGUGUGCAUUUCUUUGCCUAAUUCUGAGCAUUUUGCUGCUGAUGCUACUUCUAGUGAGGGCUCAAGAUCCAUUUUGUUGGCUUUAGAUUGUAGUUUUGUAGUUUGUAUGAAGUGAGUUUUGAGUGGAUUUUGGGGUGUGAUUGAUUAGAAUUUAGAUGAAAGAAGUGAAUCUAACAGAUCCCAUUGGGCAAAACGUGAUAAAGCUGAUAAGCAAUGUGUGUUUCUCAGUGUUUGUGUUGUCAGUGCUGAUUUUGAGUGUAGUUGCAAUCACAUACCAACCCCCUGAUCCAUGGGAGUCAUCUAGGGCUCUAACUAAGGUCUUCACGGAUGUCGAAAACGCCACGUUUCAGACGGAUUCGUCCGUGCUGAAAACGGGUGAGGAUGUUGCCACUGCACCAGUGGCAAGCCCUGUGGCUAUAACCGAGGCCACCAUUGAGAGAUCCGAGGAGGCGUUAGGCAAGAAUGGGACCUUGAAAUCGGGGUGUGAGGAUGUGUCCGUGGUGAAUUGCUCGGAUCCUAGGGUCUUGAUCGCGAUCCAGAGGUUUAACUUGAGGAGUUUCAAGGCCAUUGCAUUCUUGGAGUACCAAACUCCGGUGAAUGGAUCCAAGCCGGAUGAAUGUGAUGUGUCGUGGAGGUUUAGGAACCGGAAGGACAAGUCUUGGAGGCGGUAUAGGGAUUUUCGUAGGUUUAGGAUUGGUUUUAAGGAUGAUUGUAGCUACAAGGUGGUCCGGACAGGGCGCUGGCACUCUGGUGUCAAUGCUCGUCGUUUUAGGGGUAGGAACGCCACUAGGAGUGGUGGGAGAGGGAAAGCUGCUCCUCCACCGGUUAGGGUUAGAGAUGACGAGAUCAAUGACACGAUCCCCGUGUUGGGAUCGGAUUCUGCCUUUAGGAAAGGGAAGUAUUUGUAUUACUCGAGGGGAGGAGAUCACUGCAAAGGAAUGAACCAUUACCUUUGGAGCUUCCUAUGUGCGCUAGGCGAGGCGCAGUAUUUGAACCGGACGUUGGUGAUGGAUUUGAGCAUUUGUUUGUCGUCUGCUCACACGAAGAGUGGUAGGGACGAGGAAGGGAAGGAUUUUAGGUUCUACUUCGAUUUUGAGCAUUUGAAGGAGACGGCCUCCAUUGUGGAGGAGCGCGAGUUUCGUAGGGAUUGGAGGAGAUGGGAGAAGAGCCAUAAGGCGAAAGUCGAGGUUAGGAAGGUGGAGAGCUAUAAGGUGACUCCGAUGGAGCUGAGUAAAGAUGAAAGCUCGAUUAUAUGGCGGGAGUUUGAUGCUGCCCCGGGCAGCUACUGGUACCGCGUGUGUGAGGGUGAGGCCGCGAGCCACAUCAGCAGGCCGUGGGGGGCGCUUUGGAAGUCCAAACGGCUCAUGAACAUAGUCUCCGCGAUCAGUGGGAGCAUGGACUGGGAUUUCGAUGCAGUACACGUUGUCCGUGGCCAGAAGGCGCAGAACAAGCAGCUAUGGCCUCAUCUGGAUGGGGACACGUCCCCGGAGGCCAUAGCUGCGAAGCUGCAAGGGGAGGUGGCGCCGUGGAGGAACUUGUACGUUGCAACGAACGAGCCCUUCUACAACUACUUCGACAAGCUCAGGUCCCACUACAAGGUGCAUCUGCUCGAUGACUACGGCUACCUGUGGGGGAACGCGAGCGAGUGGUACAACGAGACGGCUCAGCUCAACGGGGGCCGCCCCGUCGAGUUCGACGGCUACAUGAGGGUGGAGGUGGAUACUGAGGUGCUCUACAGAGCCAAGAAGAAAGUUGAGACCUUUUAUGACUUGACAAAGGAUUGCAAAGAUGGGAUCAAUACAUGCUAGAUAAAUACAUUCAUUUCUUUGCUUCUUUACACUUAUUAUUUUCUAUACAAAAUAUUCUCAUAGAUUUCAAGAGUAUUUUCACAAGAUUGAUUGCUGCUUCAAGAUUGUAACUGUGAUUGGAUUUCUUGUGAUUCUGUGUAUUGAAUUUAUACAUGGCAUUGUUGUAUGUUGCUGCUUAAUGUCAUUUGAUUUUGAAG